CAGACUGUGGUUGUAACGGCUGGAACACGACAUGAAACAUAGCAGAUUUCCACACACACCACAAGCCUAAAAAGAAUCAACCUCAUGCUGUUGCUGUCGUUUGUCCGAGUAAGAGGAAGAUCUGAAGACAGUGAAAAGGGACCGGAUGGCUGAACCUGUUGGUCAGUGUGGACGUGUAGCCUCCAUUGAAAAACAAGCAGAGGCUUGCAGCUGAUAUUAGAUCUGUUUUCUUUGUGGGACCAUUUGGUUUGUUUGUUACUUCCUUCAGAAAUGCUGCCGAAAUCUGAGAGUAAGGUUCAUCCACAGCAGCAGAGGGAUCUCGGACUAAAUCGAGUGAUGACUUGUUUCCAAAAAAGCUGGCGCUGGGAUGCCUUCGGUCCCGCAUGGAGGGGGUUUUGGUCAGACUCCCCGCUGCCGUCGCUCAGCACUGACAUCACUGAUGCAGUGCCGGAUGCUGCGCCAGCUCCCACAGUGCCGACUGCAGAGGCUCCCCUCUCCUGCCAUGCUGUCGGCUCUCAGCCUGGGGCGGACCUGUGCGGCGUAGCACUCCCAUGUCUCCUGCAGGAUGAGGGGAGCUGAGGCAGAGUCCGAGCUGGUCCACUCUCUGGCAAUAAGCUCAGCCAGACCCUCUGAGCACCUGUCUCUGUCCCCUUCCUUCCAGCGCUGUGCGUUCGCCUCCUGGAUCAGGGGAAACGUCUGCAAGAAGGAAUGUUGCUUCUUUGAGAAAGGCGUCAGAGAGGAUGCAUGCAAGUGCGGUUACUCAAAAACCGACCAUGUGGACGAGGCCAUCAAGCCGGAGGACUUCGCCGGGGAGUCGUGGGACAGGCACAGGCACGUUCGCGAGGGGCCCACCGAUGCUUUCGGAGACAUCAGCUUCGGUGGUUUGGGCCAAAAGACGGGCAAGUAUGUGCGAGUGUCCGCAGACACCAGGCCUGAGGUCCUGUACCGCUUGCUGACCGAGCAGUGGAAGCUGUCCCCACCCAACCUGCUGAUCUCAGUGACCGGAGGAGCCAAGAACUUCUACCUGAAGGGCCGUCUCAAGAGCAUGUUCCACAGAGGUAUCAUCAAGGUGGCCCAGACGACAGGUGCAUGGAUCCUCACCGGUGGCACCCACACAGGUGUGAUGAAGCAUGUGGGGCAGGCUGUGAGGGACUACGCCCUGAGCAGCUCCUCCGCGAAGGGUCAGAUCGUAGCAAUCGGAGUGGCGACAUGGGGAGUCAUUCACAACCGGGACUCUUUGGUGUGUUCAGAGGGAUGUUUCCCAGCUCAUUAUUUGGGGGACGUAAGUGGCCAGGGCCGGCUGUCCUGCCUCGAUAACAACCACACCCACUUCCUGCUGGUGGACGACGGGACCCACGGACGCUACGGCAUGGAGAUUGAACUGCGUAGCCAUCUGGAGAAAUACAUCUCUGGAAAGCGUCUUGGAAACAAAGAGAACGGUGUGACCAUUCCUGCCGUCUGCGUGGUUUUGGAUGGAGGUCCGGGCACUCUGAAUACCAUCUAUAAUGCCAUUCUGAACGGUACACCGUGUGUGCUCCUGGAAGGAUCUGGGAGAAUAGCAGAUGUGAUUGCGCAGGUCGCAGGACUGCCAGUGACCCGGGUCACUAUUGCCCUCAUCCACCAGUUGAUGAAAAAGUUCUUUGGCCAAGAGUAUGAAAAGUUCGCCGACAUCAAGAUCAUUGAAUGGACCAAGAUGAUCCAGGACAUCAUUAGGUCGCAACACUUGCUGACAGUAUUCAGACCAAGCGAGGACAGUCAUGGGUAUCUGGAUGUGGCUAUUCUUCAAGCUCUACUCAAAGCUUCGAGGACCAGCGAGUCACAGUGCUGGAAGAGGCAGCUGGAGCUGGCCAUAGCCUGGAACCGGGUGGAUAUAGCCGAGAGUGAGAUUUUCACAGAAGAGAGCCAGUGGAAGUCCAGUGACCUCCACUGGGCCAUGUUCUCGGCCCUCGUCGGCCACAAGCCCCAGUUUGUGAGGCUGCUGCUGGAGAACGGUGUGAGUCUGUGGGAUUUCCUGCAGGACGAGGUGACCCUGUGCGAGCUCUACAGGCAGCUCCCCAGCUGCUUCUUCCUCCGCAAGCUGGCCAAGCGGCUUCACAGCUCCUGCCGCAGCAGGAGGCAGCCGUUCGGCAUCCGGCCGCGGGCCCACUCGGGGCAGGGGGAAACCAUCUCCAUGACUCACGUGUGCGAGGAGGUGCGUCACCUGCUGGGCAGUUUCACCAAGCCCCUCUACCCUCCUCCCCCCACCGCGCCAUACCACUUCAACAUGACCAUGGAGGAAACAUCUUCGUCGCUGUCUAAAAAUCAGGCGGGCUCCCGAGGUUCACUCAGGGAGGACCACGCUGAAGCACCGAGGGACCCAGGCAGAGACCUUUUCCUCUGGGCUAUCGUCCAGAACAAUAGGGAGCUGGCUGAAAUUUUCUGGGAGCAGUGUGGAGACUGCAUUUCCGCCGCCCUGGCCGGCAGUAAGAUCCUGAAGAAAAUGGCUGGGGAGGCAAGUGAUGCAGACGAGGCGGAGGCCAUGCAAGAGCUCGCCAACCACUACGAAGAACACGCCAUCGGUGUGUUCAGCAAGUGCCACAACAGCGAUGAAGAGCGUGCUCAGAAGCUGUUGGUCCGUGCGUCGCCUAUUUGGGGACGGACGACGUGCCUGCGUUUGGCCCUGGAGGCUGAUGAUAAAAGCUUCGUCGCUCAGUCGAGUGUUCAGGCUCUUCUGACUCAGAUCUGGUGUGGCGAGCUUUCAGUGGACAACCCUGUGUGGAGGGUGCUGGUCUGCAUGGUCUUCUUCCCCCUUAUCUACACUGGCUUUCUGCUUUUCAGACGCGAUGAAGUCAUCCACAGAGAGACCGAGAAGAACGAGGAGAUCAAGACGUUGGAGAGUGUGACAGGGAGUACACUUAGAACCAAUUCCAGUGGCCUUGACCCCCCCAGGCUGCAGCAGCCGAAGCUCCUGGGCUGCUGGUCCAAACUCGUCUGCCUGUACAGCUCCCCCCAGGUCAAGUUUUACUGGAAUAUUGUGUCCUACUUCGCCUUCCUCUUCCUGUUCGCUGUGGUGCUGAUGAUCGACUUCCAUGCUAAGCCCUCUGCCGGGGAGUUGCUGCUCUACAUGUGGCUCAUCUCGGUGGUGUGUGAGGAGGUCAGACAGGUGUUUCAUGAUCACGAUGGCUUUGGGCUUCGUAAGAAAGCCAAGAUGUACAUUGACGACCUGUGGAACAUUUUAGAUGUUCUGUCCAUCCUGCUGUUUGUCAUCGGCCUUGCUUUUAGGCUGACGACCGAGCUGUUCUACGCAGGCAAAAUCCUCCUCUGCAUCGAUUUUGUGGUCUUCUGCCUCCGCCUCAUGGCCAUCUUCACUAUCAGCCGAACCCUGGGGCCCAAAAUCAUCAUAGUCAAGAGGAUGAUGAUGGAUAUGUUCUUCUUCAUGUUCCUGCUGAGUAUCUGGGUGGUGGCGUACGGCGUGGCCAAGCAAGGCAUUCUCAUCGACAAUGACGAUCGGCUCAAGUGGAUUGUCCGCGGGGCGGUUUACGAGCCCUACCUCAUCAUAUUUGGGAAUUUCCCCACCAACAUUGACAAUGCUGCAUUUGACAUAAACUCCUGCACCAUACAUGGCACCGAUCCUCUGAAGCCCAAGUGUCCCAUGCUGAAUGACAACCAAACGCCAGCCUUCCCCGAGUGGCUCACCAUCAUCAUGCUCUGUGUUUACUUGCUCUUCGCCAACAUACUGCUGCUCAACCUGCUCAUAGCCAUCUUCAACUUCACGUUCCAGGAAGUGCAGGACAACACGGACAGAAUAUGGAAGUUUCAAAGAUAUGAGCUCAUUAAGGAGUACCACAGCCGCCCGGCUGCCCCUCCUCCCUUCAUCAUCCUCAGUCACCUUUACCUCUUCAUCAGGCACGUCGUGCUGUGCAGGCCGCCCGUCAAGUGCAAGGAGUUCAACGAUGAGCUUCCUCAGGUGGAGGAAGAGGAGCUGCUGUCCUGGGAGGCGUUGAUGAAGGACAGAUACCUGGUGUCCACACAGCAGGAGCAGAGCCAGAGCAUGGAGCGACGCAUCCUGGACACAGCCCAGAGGGUUACCACUAUCAGCGAUCGCCUGGAGACGGAGGAGCCGAGCGCUGCUGCCAUGGUGCAAAUACUGGCCCGGCUGGAGGAGCAGGUCGUCCUGUCGACCCAAGCCCUGCAGAGGAUUAUGGACAAUCUGACAUCUCAGGGUCAUGCAACAUCAACUACAGCAGACGAGACCGCCGACACUUUGACAAAUGUGUCAGAGACCGAGGUCGGGUUCCACGUGAACGCCCGUCAGCCUCACUAUCCCGACAGCAAGCUCACACGCUUCCCUGUGCCUGAGGAGAAAGUGCCGUGGGAGGUCAGCUUUAGCUUAUACAUGCCAGCCUAUUAUGCCUCUGAAGACAGCGGGGACCAUGUGGAGGGAUCGGAAUCAGAGGCCUUGGAUGAUUACAGAAACCCGGGAGGGAGGACUGGCAUCAGGGGACGAGGUGCACUCGGCCAACUGGGCCCAAAUAUGAAUCUAGACCUUGUCGUUACGCGCCAGCGAGACAGCGACAGAUCUGUUCUGGAGUAUCUGGCAGUUUGGGACGAGAGCCGCGGGACCUUGACUUUACCUGGGGGACCCGUGAAAUCUGCCGAUCACCUGCCAGUGAUGCUCAAGAGAACCAUGGGAAAGACGCUGUAUGAAAAGAUAACCGCAAAAGUAUCCGAGGGAACGAAGGUGUCUGAGGGUUAUGUGGAUGACUGCAGGAACACAGAUAACGCCUGGGUGGAGAACACCGUCCUAAACAUUCACCUGGACAGAACGAGCCAGGUGAUGGUGGAUAUCAAUAACAUGGUGGUGAGCGGCCACGGCUCCCUUCAGUGGCAGGAGGUGAGCAGCAAAACGCGACUGGGCUCAAACCACAGAGACUCUCUGCGGCAGGUUGCUGGGCUGCACAACAGGAAGUUCUGAAUUUCACUCUGCUGUAGCUGUGAAUGUGCCUCUUCUUCCACAUGUUCACUUUCACCAGCCUGUUGCAAUUCCGCUUGAGAAAAAAACAAACAAGGCAAAGCCAUAAUGUUUGCUGCCGCGGAUGAUUUUGCAACAUUUUGCACAAAUGUCAUAUGACAUUAAACUGAAUGUUUCGCUUACACCCUGUGUUGGUCACUUAAAACACGAGUUGGAGUUCACGUGUGUACAUUGAGAACACUAAUGCUUCAGGUCACAGCGCUUCUUACUUCUACAGCUACAUUCCACUCCACUGUUUAUCUGACAGUUAUAUUGAGUAGUUCCUUAUUUUUCAUACAAAACAUACAAAUGUGAAUCAUGAUCCAUUAUCAAGACACAUAGUGACACGUGUCUGUAACCAUCAAUCUUAUACAUAUAAGAUUAAGGAAUUUUCUGUUCGAUGAGCUGUUAUUUUUCAUCUAAGUUGCGGCUGAUACUUCAACACUUUUACUUGAGUACAAUUUUGAAUUUCAGGACUUUCACUUGUAUUCAAGUAAGAGUUUUUCUGAAGUACUGAAAUACUGCUAUACUACAGUAAUGAAAUAUAUUCCUGUCAUGCCAAGUAACUUGUUGCACUUUAUGCCACGUGGGACCUUCACAUAGUCAUGCACUCGUGGACUUUAUAAUUAAUAAAGAGUGACCU